AUGUACCAGGACAUGAGUCCAGAGCGUGAGGGACUGGCCAGACUGUACGAGGACCUGGCCAAGCAAAAAGUUACACAAAACAAGUUAAGUCCCCUGCCCACGGGCCGCACCGUCAACGUGCUCUUUAAAGUCUGUUUAGUUCAGGUAUCCCAAGUGUUAGAAUCCAAGCAGACUAUUGACACCCAGCUUUAUUUUGAGAUGAGUUGGGACGACAAGGAUCUAGCGUGGGACGCACAGAAUUACUCUAAUUGGUCGUUCGUAUCUUUACCAUCUGGACAAUUCUGGCACCCAGAGGUUUUCGCCAUGAACACCGACACGGACAGCGACAACAGCUACCUGCUACCCCAGCCCAACACCGUCCUCCUGACCUCAAACGGGGUCAUGCUGUACCGACUCCUGACCUCGAUCACGACCUUUUGCAACUUUGACCUCACCUACUACCCCUUCGACACGCAGAGCUGCAGCAUCGUCCUGGGUUUGUACGGAGAAGGCGUGACGGUUCUGGUCGAGCCCUCCAUCUUGAACGAAUCAGCGCUCGUAUUUGACCUUAAAACUUUCCAAGGCGAAUGGGAAAAGAUCAGCACGUCGUUUGAAGUGAAGGCUUCCUUGAUCGAGAUGCCAUACCUGGUUCUGUCCGUGUCUAUCAGACGUGCCACGUUGUACUACAUCCUGUGCGUGGUCAUCCCCAUGGUGGUGACGUCACUGCUGACCCUGGUCGUGUUCUGGAUCCCGCCCGACUCUGGGGAGAAGAUGUCCUUCAUGGUGUCCAUCUACAUGUCCACGUCGUUGUUCUUGAGCUUCGUGGGGUAA